GCAGCAAUAGUGCUCCUUUGUCGUCCGUGGAUAUUUUGCCCCGGCUGACAAAUGACAAAGCCUAAUUGCCCCACGCUAGAAUUCCGUCUUGCUAGCGCCACUCCACCCCACGGGGAACCGAUAGACCGUGAGCUCACGACCUCUGGUCUCUGCGCAAAUGAGAGCAAUGACAAGGAAUUUAUUUUUUGGAUAUGGCUGCAGAAUUCUAAUUCGAUCUCACUUCUUGUAAUUCGUUCGAUUGAUGACACUUUGGCUGUGGCCUUAGCAGAAGCAGGGAUCCAUCUCUUUUUACAUGUGAUUGGCCGGGCAAAUGUCUCGGCAUCAUGGCGGGAAGAAACCUCCAAUCCCAUAUCGCCUGUGAUGAGUGUAGAGCUCACAAAUUCCGCUGCUCAAGAGAGCGACCAUCUUGCUCUUGGUGUGUCAAGCACAAUGCACAUUGCGUUUACAGCUUGAAACCUACCCGCAGCAGGCUCACUCGAGAAUAUGUGACUUCUUUAGAAGAGCGUCUUCGCGAAUAUGAGGAUGCGUUUGCAAAAUUGUUCCCUGGAAAGGAUGUCGAAUCUCUGCCCAAUCUGGGACCUCUAGCGUCACAGAGCGGUGAUGAGCAGAAGAGUAAAAGUACCUCCGAGAAAAGCUCGGAGCAGUUAUCUGAACGAGAGGCUCCUGAUUCUGCAGAUGAAACUUUUCCGGAAGAGGCAGAGGGUUUUGAUUGGAUGGAAUAUGAUCCAGGCCACACGCCAUUCACGGAUGGAAUGGCAGCCUUGUCCCUCAAUCCUCGAGGACGAGGGUAUCUCGGAGUAUUCUCCAAUUCGUCUCUCCUGCGAGCGCUUCAUUCGCAUGGGUGGCCGAUUGAAGACCCCGAGCAGCAGCAAGAUUCAACGACAUAUGAGAAGGGCCAAACUCAAAACCAGCCUACUCCUCUACUGAUCAAUCCAUCUUCCUCCCGGCAAACCAAUCAGAUUCUCAUUGAUGCUUACUUUCAUUUCUAUCAUACCGCUUACCCUCUAAUCCACGAAGCCAGCUUUAGAGCUCAGCACAAUGAGCUCAUUCCGCGGCCACCAGGCCGUAUUUGGGAGAUAAUUCUCCACGCGGUCCUCGCAAAAGGUGCGUGGAGCUUACGACAGGGUGACUCCGUUCUCGAAAACCCUUUUUAUCUCGAGGCACGCAAUCUUUUAAAGGAAGCUUUUAUUUUCGAGUCUGGAAGCCUUCCACUGGUUCAGGCAUUGGCCCUGCUUGGCAACCUCACGCAAAAGGAAGACAAGCCCAAUACAGCAUAUAACUUUCUGGGCUUGGCUGUCCGCAUGGCAAUUAGUAUCGGCCUUCACAAGGAGCUUCCCGACUGGAAUAUCAGUUUGCUCAAGCGGGAGAUGCGAAGACGCGUAUGGUGGAUGCUCGUCAUCUUCGACAGCGGAGCAGCAAUUACUUUUGGACGUCCCAUCACAUUGCCAGCCACGAGAACGACCGAUGUCAAGGAUAUGUUGAAUGUACAUGACGCAGACCUUACCGCAGCAACGUCAGCAAUCCCUCUAGAUCCUAACGAACCAACAUUGUAUUCUGUUCCCCUAGCAAACGCACAAUUCAGCAAGCUAGCUAAUCCUAUAUACACACAACUUCUCGCAAAACCUGCGUGUUCUGCCGAGCGCCUGAGCGAAUUCGACCAAAUGAUUGAAGCAGCAAUGAACAAUCUCCCAGAAUACCUCAAAGAGGAUCACAUUUCUUCAUUGUCCACCGAAUGGCUACAGUUCAACGCCACGCGAUUGAUCUGGCGGUUUCGCAAUUUCCGGAUUCUCAUAAACAGACCCAUAGUCAUGCGAUGGGCUAUUCGCCGAGCAUCCCGUCGCCAAUCCGAACAUGGAACCCCAGAGGAAGAAGGAGAGGAAGACCACUCAUCAGCAGAGCAACGUGCACGACUGGCAUGCUUAGAGAAUGCGCAUUCGACCAUCAUCUCUGUUCGGGACUUUACUCUUUCUCCUCAAGCCAGUACUCUCAUGGCAAUCUGGUACGCAAUGUACUUUCUCUUCCAAGCCAGCAUCAUCCCCUGCAUCUUCAUCUGCGCGGCCCCCGAAUCGCCCGACAUGCCAUCCUGGCUGCAUGACGUGCAAAUCGCCCGCGAGGUCCUCAACGCUCACAACCACGCCGCGAGCAAUACUAAUACCCGCCUUCGCCUCGCGAGCAAGUUCAUCGCCGUCAUCAACCGCCUCUGCGCCACGCUCGAGGGCAAUCACGACACGUUCCCGCACAGCGCGGGCCAAACGGAUUUUCUCAACGAACUUAGUCUGCAAUUUGCAUUUGGUGGCCACCACGAUAAUCUUAGUGGUGAUUAUGAUUUGGAUAUGCGUGAGUAUUUUGACGGCCAUAGUCCUCUUACUGCUGCUGGCGGUCGUCCUGCUCCUGCUCCUGCUCCCGUUGGCAGUGCUCUAGAAGAAGGAGGUGUGGGAACCAGUAGUUUCAAUGACGAGUUUUUGUCAGUCGCAGAGGACAUUAAUAGUCUGGCUGGUUGGAUAUGAAAAUUUUUUUUCUCCUUUUUUUUUUGUUUUGAGUCUCUGCAUUUUCCUGCACAAGAACAAAAGAGCGCAGGAACGACUCCGAAUCUUUGAUAUUAUCCCGAAUUAUACAAAUUGCGCUGGUUACUCAAGGACACAAGGUAGCAUACUUUUCGUACACAAAUAUUUGUCUCAUAGUUAUAUGCUAAAAUAAAUUGGACAUACGCUCAUGUAACAGGGACGGAAAAUGCUAAUUAACUACCUUAGAUGAUGGUAUAUCAAUAUAUGCUGACAAGGGAAUUGUAAUGUACGUGAUAUAAUACGAGGCAAUGCGAUGCUUUGCUGCUUUGCUAUGCUCUGCUAUGCUCC